GGUCCCCGGUGACGUCAUGCCCCGAUCGAUCCCAACCGCCUGCGUCACGUGACGCGGCCGGCAGCCAAUGAGAGCGCGGCGUCCGGCUUGGUGCCGAGUAAGUGAGAAAGGAAAGUUCGACCGAGAAGAGGGGGAGCAGGGGAGAUAAUGGUGAUGGAGAUGGUGGGGAUACAGUGCUCGUGGUGGUGCAGCACGCACGAUCGGUAACCGCGGAGCGAGGGCGGGACCCGCUAGUGCCCGGCACGACGCGAGUCCAGGAGGGUCCGGUCGCUCAAUCCUGGAACCCCUCCGGCACAACUUCUGCGCGGCUCCAUCCCGCGCCUCUCUUCUCCGCACAUCUCCCGCUCCCUCCAGCUCGUGGCGCUCCCUGCUCCACCCGCUGUCUUCCCGUUUUCCCAGUAACUCCCCAUCUCCAUUAGCUGUCAUCUCCAGCCACCACAGUUCUUCAGCUGCCCCUUGCUAAACUCGCUGUCUCCUGCUCCGCCGUAUCUUCUGACUGCCCCCCCCUCCCACCUUGCUCCGCCUGCUUUACAUUGGAGGAUGGAGCGACUCUCUGGCCGUUGGAUGCUGCGGGCAGGGAGAGAUGUCGUGGCGGCGGCGGGAGCGAACUCAGCCCCAGCCACCAUCACUUCGUCUUCAUCAGCCAGCUCGUCGCUCCUCGGACACCUGCAGAGGCUGUGCGGUGGAGAGAGGCCGCGCCGCCUGGACCUGGGGGAUGGCGGCGGCGGCAGGGCGCACACUCGGAGGAUGAAGGUGGAGUUGAUUGAGGCCUACGUGAGGGACCUGAUGGAGCAGAAGGAGCUGCUCCUGCAGAUCGUGGGCAGCCUGCAGGCGGAGGCCGACCGGCGCAUUGCUGACAUGAUGAAGAAUAUCGCGGAGAGGGUUAACAGUGCGUGCGCGGUGUGCGCAAGAAGCGCGGCGGACACUGCGCGGAGCUCCGAGCCGGGCGGACGCUCUGCACCGCAAGAACGUCGCCCCUGCAGGAGGAGUUGGGUCGCCCGUUCGAGGCUGCGGGGCACGGUGGCCCCAGCCUGCCCCGUGAACCAUGCUUCUCUCUACACAUGCCUUCACUGUCUCUCCCUAUCCUGCCACGUCUACCAGUACUCCUCUUUCUGGAUGUCCUUUUAUAUCUCGCUCGCUCUUCCUUUUUCCCCUCAUCUGGUUUGGCUUUUGUUGGGCGACACUUCGGGCCUGCAUCUGACCGGGAGACUGCGGCUGCAGUUGGCGCCGAAGAGCGACACGCCGGGGAAGACCGCGUCAGAACCGGGCGGCACGCUGCCACUCUCCGCCACUUGUUGUGGCGGCGACAGAGGAGGAGGAGGAGCCGGGGGGAAGGCGCUGGGGAGCCGAGGACCCGUGUGGCGUCCAGGGACGCGCUCACAGAAUGCCUGCAGGGCCAGCUCCGAGAUGCGCAUCGCAAGCUCUCACGUUGAGGUAGAGAGCCGGGAUGAGAAGGCGCGCUCGCUGGAAGACACCAUCGUGGAGCCUUACCGCGAGGUGGCGGCCAAGCAGCCCGACAGUGCGGCCCGCGUCCGGGAGCAGCCUCGUCGGAGCACGAACUCCGGCGCUUGCGGCCCAGCUGCAGAGUUUGUGAGAGCAAGCGUGGCAGCUUCGCCAGAGACCGAUAGCGCUAGGCUCUGCUCAGCCGUGUCACGUCGCAACCGGCGCUCUCCCCUCCUUGGUGGGACAGGCCGGCUGGCUGAGCGGUAGCCUCAGCGGCGAUCUGCUGCUCAAGGCGGAGCUUGCAGCACCCCGAAGAACGCGUCCCAACGUCUGCAGCGGGAGCCGCCUGGCCUGCAGGAGAAGUGGGACAUGCCGCAGACCGAGGUGGGCACCGGCGUGCACCCUCGGCACCGGCGUGCGUCCCCGGCACCCGCAUGCACGCGUGCCGCCGUUCAUCCCUGCAAGCGUUACACCCCCAGUCACGCCGAGCCUCGUGCCUCUCCGUGCGAUCUGCGCACGGCACUAUCACUCUUCGCGAGCAGACAUCACGCUCGUCAUAGUACGUGUCGCACACGUACCAGUACUGGUAUCUGUCCGGUACGUAGAGGCGUGUCCAGAUGCACGAGCUCGUGUGGUUUGCUCGUGAUGCGGGCCGACGCGUACAUGCUCGGAGCCACCACCCAGCGAACGAAUUUUGCUUGACCGCGGAGUGGACUGCACGCGUGAGUGCGACUAUGCACAGCACGUCGGUGUACCGUUAAUUGUGUACACUUCGUUAUUUUGGAGACUUUUUCCUUCUGCUUUGUUGACCAAAGCUGAACAAUUUCUCAGUUGCCAUUACCGGCGUACGGUGCGAAAGUAAAUGAGAAACUCUCUGGAGGAGGCCGCUGCUGCCGCCGCUCACUGUUGCCAGUCACGCAAGCAGCUCGAGCAAAGCCAGAGCCGCAAGUGGCUUCUGCUGGGUUUAUCGCCUGAAACUACUUUGGGAUUAAACAAUGUGUGGUUCUCCAAACAUGAGCGUGCUUGUGGGUGAAGUCUGUGUGUUGUCCGAUGUUGGCGGAAUGAUUGAUCGAUUAAAAUCAGUUCUUAGCACUCACAGUGCAUGCUCUAAAUCGUGGGUGUUAAAACUGUUUGGGUUCCAUUGGUACGCAUUACGGGGUGAAGCAGUGGCACAGUGGUUAGCACACUCGUUAUAAACUUGUGGCAAGUGGUUUUUUAACCGUUUCUGGGCACCCCCUUCACUAACUCUCUAAUCAGCAUGGUGAAGUAUAGUCAAACAGCCCCUACGACGGACACGGCGUGGGGACAUCUUCAUCCCGAAGAGGCUUGACAUGGGGCUGUAAACUACAUGAACUAUAAUUAAUGUGACCAGUUCACAUGACCCCUUGCGCCAUUAGAGAUCCCACACGCUUCCCAAUGCAAAAUAACAUUGAUUUUUUUAUUCAUAUAAUCUCUGGAGCGGGAGGGCGGUAAAUCAUGACAUUGCUACAGAACGACGUUCAAGAGCAGGGGAUCUACCAGCUGCAGGUGUCAACGUGAGACAGGGAGGAGGAGGUGGAGAAGCAGAGGGUAGGCGUGGAACCACUGGCCACCGAGCUGCUGGAGACUCGGGCCCUGCACCAGCAGUGCAACCAGCAGCCCCCGGGUUUACCGAGGCAUAGAUGGCGCUGGUGCAGGAGCUAGCGGAGAGCCACAAUGCACGCCAGUCACCGAAGGCCGAGUGGUGUCAGCUGCAGGAGCGCCUGCACGAUGCAGUGGCGCAGCUCGCCCUGCUGCGCAAGAACCAUCCUCCGCAACCUCGACGCCGACGUUCGGCUGGCCAACCUC